UUUCAAGUUGCUUCUUAUGCUUAUUUGACUAGUUUUAUUAUAAGAAAAAUUCGCAAUCUUUCUGUUUCAAGAAUAGGUGGUAUUUAUUUACCUCAUUUCGAAUCUUUUCAAUUACAUACAUUUCGAGCUGAUUUUUUAUUUCCAAAGAUUGAAUGGCUCUUCCGUAAUGAAUUGCCAAGAAUAAUGACAUCUACUGAUGUUCAAUGGCAUUAUAAUGCUAGGUGCAAGUCUUGCGACUUUGUAAACAAAUGUCGUGAAGAUGCUGAAGGCUCUAUUGCAAUGAUUCCAUAUAUGUCGGUUGAUAAUGCUGAAUAUUUAAAAGAAGCUAUUAGGUAUUGGAAAACGAAUAACUUAAAUGAUGAUGGUGAACAUGAAAGUUCAAGUAAUAAAAACAAUGUUGAUAUUGAUGUUGAUAUUGAGGAUUUAUCAAAUUAUUUUCAAAAAAUCAAUGAGACAAACAUAGUAACAGGAAGGCAGCCAGCACCUAUUGCAGGGGCAAUUAUAUUGCUUGCAUUAGAAGCAACUGAACGACCAAGCUUCGAUGAAUGGAAAAUUAAUCAUAAAAAUAUAGCAAAAUCUAUUGGAACAAUAGUUAAUGUAGACUCGUCGUGUUCAAUGCAAGAAAGAUAUAGAGAACUGGUUGAUAUAAUGUCGAAUAAAAUUACAGAUAUACCUUGGGCUUAUCUUGCACAUAAGAAUAAAAAUAGGAGUUACUUGUAUAUAAAUGAUGUUUUGCAAUUUCAUGAUUAUAUUAUGGAAUCUCAUGAAAAAAACACAGGAAAACCGGGAAAAAAUUCUACGGUGGCUAAACGUCCUCAUACAAAUUCAAUAGAUCUAGUAACAACAAUAUGUAAUGACUGUGGAUUAUGUGUUUCUUUAAAUGAGUUUGUUUCAGAAUUUGAGCUUGAGUUUGACAAAACUAGAACUUUGCUUCCCACAUCAAUAGAUGGUAAUAUAGUACAACCGGGACAAUAUAAUAAUAAACCAAAUAUUUUAAAUGCAAUAAAGAGAACACUUUCAACAUUGAAUUUUUCAAAUUUUGAAUCAAGAGUUGUUGCCAUAUAUAACAGAGUUUCAAAAGAUUUUGAAAUAGGACAAGGACA